AUGAACAAGUUUUUAUUAAUUUUUAUUGUUUUAACAUUACUUCAUAUUAUUCAUGCUGUCAACGAGAAAAAACAAGAUCAGAAAGAAGGAAGCUCAAAAAAUGGUGAAAAGGAAGUCAAACAGAGAAAUUUGUCGGUUGAAUCUCUUCUGAAAGGUAAUAAAGUACCAAUUAAAGAUCCUGAUUCUCUGUCAGAUUCAAGUUCUUAUGAAGACCUUUCUUCUUCAGAAGAAAAAAUAAGUAAAAGGUUUUCAAAAUCUAGACAAACUAAGACUAAACCUAAAAAGAAGGCUGCGAAGAAGUCUGCUAAGAAAACUGGGAAGAAAAAGCAUAACAAAAGACAUGAUUAG